GGUUCAAUGGAGGGCGGGGAUCACAAAGACAAGGUUGUUAAAGCUUAGAACACGAGUGAGUCUUGUAAUAAAGGAAAAUCAGUUGAGCUUUAAAACUAUAAUUGCUGUUGCUUCGCACUUAAUCACUUAAUUCAAGUAGGCCUCUAAAUAGUGUUUAUAUUUCAAUUGCUCCUUCCCAGUUUCUAUUAAUUUGUUUAUCUCCAUUUUCUUUGCUAUGCAUUUGCCAGGCAUUAUGGACUGAUCUCCAUUGAAGGCACAAAUAUGCAGUAGUGCCAAUAAGCACUUCAAUCUAUUUUCAGAGAGCACUUGAGCAACCGGGGACCAAAUAUUAUUUUAGCGAGAAGACUUGAAACUUGCCUGCAUCACCGCCUUCCCAUAAUUCUGUAGCAAGAGAGAGAAAAUAAGGAAGAGAUGGAUCAUCGACACCUUGCAAUGAUAUUUCUACAUCAGUCCACCUUAUACAUACGACCUGUGAAUCCGCGAACGCCCCUUACGAGAACGGCGUCGCGAGUCAGCUGAUGAGCGUAAACAAUUCGAGAUACGAGAAUGUGUCGUUUUUGAGCCCUUCUACAAAUGAAGCAUGAUGAGUAGUGUGAGAGUAGAUGUCCAGUGGUCACCUGUUGCUGAAGACCAAUUUCUGACUUGGGGCUCAGAUUUACAGCUGUAUCAAGUUCAAGAAGUCUCUCCAACUGAGAUUGUUCAGCUUCCUCGAUUACGUUUAGGUCCUAAAACAGCAGCUUCACUAUUAUCCACUAAUAAUGACCUGCAGUACAUCAAAUGUGUUGCCUGGUGUCCUGGACUGGAAACAGAUCAGAGCAAUCAGCUUAUUGCAGUUGGACAGGCAAAUGGGAAAGUUGCUCUCACAAGUUUCAGUAAAGUGCCAGACCCCAGAGGCAUCAAGGGGAGAGAGUUCAUACCAAAACAUUCUCGGGCGGUGAAUUCUUUGGCAUGGAGCACACAGGAACCAAAACUCUUGUCUGCUGGCCUGGACAAAGUGCGAACCGACCACUCCGUCGUAGUAUGGGAUGUGACUCGGACAAGCCAGCCCCCAUCUUAUACCUUUGAUCAACGUAACUCGAGUGCAGGAGAAAACAUCAAACCCCUGAUUGAGUUUGGUUUAGCAGAGGCAAGUCACAGCGUUGCAUUUUCCCUCCAUGCAAGCGGCACACUUUUGACUGGAAUGAAUAAUAAGCACAUCAAAAUUUUUGAUCUGAGAGAGGGAAAAUUAAUAACCACUGUGAGCACCAAAGCUGUUUAUGGCAUAUGUACAGACCCACACAACGAGCAUCGUUUUGCAUCAUAUGUUGAAAAUCAGAAGUUUCAACAGCUAGUGAGGAUGCACACUGAUUCCUACAUACAAAUGCAUCAAUCACAGGACAGCUUUAUUACUCAAGUAGUCGUGACUGAUCUACAAGAGCCUUCAACUUAUACUAGCUUAUACUAG